AUGAAAUUCCAAAAUGUACAUAUUGCACACACUGAUGAGGAAGAUAAGGAGAAGUUGCUACCGUUGAAUAAAGAUGAUCUCAAAGAUGAGAAAGGUAUCACGAUUAUCAAAAUUAGUGAGAAGUUGAAGAUCUACAAGUUGAUCAGGAACUCUCUGAAACCACCAACGGAACAUCUCCACGUCAUCAGCAGCAAUACGAAUACUUUUGCACCGUGGCAAGAACUUGAUUUGACUUAUUUCAAAUGGAUAGUUUUUCAUCUCGAUUGUUAG